GAUUCUGGAUGAAAGUGUGGACCUGGGUGGGAGGGACUGCUGUACUAUGGGGGACAGGGGAAGGGAAAGGUUGCAGGCUCUUGGGAGCCCCAGAGAGCUUCUGUCCCCCAUGAGGGCCCCUCUGCCUCAGGCUGGGGAGAGCAGAAGGUGGUCAGCCUGGAGACCCUGGGCUAGCAUUGUUUGGAAAGAGGGUGUGGACUGGAAUGUGAAGGUGUGGGCGGAGUGGCCGCUGUGACAGCUCUGCUCCCCAGAAGGUGUUGAUGAGAGCAGAGUUCGGGUGCAGCCCCCAGCCUGUAGCAAAAUCCCAGUUGGCUGGGGACAGGCAGCUGACUACCUGAGCUCAGCUUCCACUGUGAAAUGGGCUGGAUUCCACAGUUUGCCACGUGCUUGAGGCUCUAUAGGGUGGGCUGCCGAGGGGAACCGAUUCCAUUUUGGCCUCUGGUCCCUUGCACUGGGAAGUGGCUUUAAGGGCUGGAAUCCCACAGGGACCCUUCUGCAGAGUGAGGGUCCAAACCGGGGCUCAGGUCCGCACCCCUGGGACCGUGCUGCUGGGAGGUGGGGUAAGUAGAUGCAUGGGAUAAAAGGAGAACGCUCUGGGCUGGGGGUGCAGCUCAGCGGGCAGCGUUCAUCCUCACUAAACAAGGAAAAGGGAGGAAAGAGAGGGAACCGGCCUGGUCCACCCACCCCUGGAGGACACGUACCCUCUGCAAACGCAAUUCCAAUCUGAGGGGCUUUUUGUUUAUUUUAAUUGGGUUGUCUUGUUUUGUACUGGAGGUUAAACCCAGAACCUUGGGUUUGCACUCUAACUUUGUACUACACCUCGAGCACCCUUUUCCUUCUCUUUUUGUUUUGAGAAGCAAGGCUGAUCUCUCAGUUCCUGGGCUUGUGAUCCUCCUGCCUCAGCCUCCUGAGUAGCCAGGCUACAAGUGUGCCCCUCCUACCCUCCAGUGUGAGGUUUUGAAAUCCUUACUUGGGAGACACAGAAAACUCAGACCAUGGUCUCCACUUCAGUGUGUGGGGAAGAGCAAAGACUCUGCAUCGAGUGUGUAAUUUCCCACCCAUAACCCCAUGCACAGUGGACGUCUUACCUGUUUGAGGGACUUGGCGGUCCUCGGUUUCUGGAAAGGGAAACUUGGAGCCAAGGAAGGCGGGGAGAGCCAGGCAGGAAAGGAGGGUACUGUGGCACCUCACAGCCGGGAAAGCUGCACUAGGGUCCCUUCAAGGAGUGCCCCAGGUUGCUGGCUGGGAUUUCUCCCUGGAGAGCCCCCUUUCCCUGCUCCCUCUGGCCCCGGAAGUGCAGAGGCCCAGGAGCUGCCUGCCGGCAACAGUCAGCACUCAGGAUUAGUUCAGGGAAGGGCUUGCUCACCUGCUCCUCCCCUCUGACUCAAGUCGGAACAAGCAACCUGGUUCCCCUGGCCCAGCAGCCUGGGAGGGACGGAGGAGGGACUGGAGGAGGGACAGCCAGAGGGGCAGCUGGCAGUGCGGAGCCAGAGCUGUAGCCUGUAGCCGGAGCCGAGAGAGAGCCAGAGCCGGUCACAGUGAGAGCGCAGGUAGCCAACCCGCAGCCCAGGAGGCCUACAGGCAACAUGCAAGGCCCCUAGACUCCUGGACUAAAACUCUGAAACAGCUGGGAGGACUCCAGGCUGCCUACACAUCCUGGCCCAGGCUGGGACCGGGGCCGCCUCUCCCUCUGCUCCCCCCACUGCCCAAAAUCCACCAUGGAGAGUAAGGAUGAGGUCAGCGACACCGACAGUGGCAUCAUCCUGCAGUCUGGCCCUGACAGCCCGGUCUCCCCGAUGAAGGAGCUAACCCACGCUGUGCGCAAGCAGCAGCGGUCCCUGGAAGCACAGCUGGAGGCCUGCCUGGAGGAGCUGCGGAGACUCUGCCUUCGGGAGGCGGAGCUGACAGGCAUCUUGCCAGAAGAAUAUCCCCUCAAACCAGGAGAAAAGGCACCCAAGGUCCGCCGCAGGAUUGGAGCAGCUUACAAGCUGGAGGAAUGGGCCUUGCACAGAGAGGAUCCCCUGAGCAGCCUGGAGAGCCAGCUGGCCCUGCAGCUGCAGAUCACUGAGGCUGCGCGGCGGCUGUGCGCGGAGGAGAAUCUCGGCAGGCAGACGCGCCGGCAGCGGAAGCUCGCAGCGCUGCAGGAGGAGAAGAAGCUGCGGGAGCUGCAACGCAGCCUGGGCGAGCGGCGGCGCAACAGCGAGCCCCCUCCUGCCACCACAGCCCACUCGCUGGGCCAAGAGCUCAGUGUCUCCGAUGACAGCUCCCUGUCUGAUGGGCUACUUCUGGAGGAAGAGGACUCUCAAACACCAAAACCUCCCCCUGAAUCCCCAGCCCCGCCUUCCCGGCCUCUCCCACCCCAGAGCCUCGAGGGGUUGCCGCCAGCAGGACCUGAGCCUAGGACCCUGGAGCGUGCCCCCAUCCAGAGCAGCCCUUGGAAGGAGUCCAGCCUUGACCACCCUUAUGAGAAGUCCAGGAAGUCUUCUGAGCCCAGCAGCGAGUCCAGCAGCCUGGCCACCACACCCCAGGACGAGCCCAGUACUUCCAGCCUGUGGCUGCUGGAGCCGGCCUCCUACCACGUGGUACCUAUCCGCAGUGCCCCAGGACAGCGGCAGGGUCGCACAAGCGCCCCGGCCACCCCCGAGAUGCAGGUCAGGAGAGGCCAGUCACAAUCUCUGAGGGUGGACUCCUUCAGGGCCGGGGCCGAGGGCCGAGGACGCAAGGGCUUUGGGCGACCCCCGGGGCCCCGCGCGCAGAUGCCCACCGUGUGUGUGCUUCGGAGAUCACCCGACGGGGCCCCUGUGCAAGUCUUUGUCCCCGAGAACGGAGAGAUCAUCAGCCAGGUGUAACUUCAUGUUCCAAGUGCCUCAGCCACUACUGGAAAAGACUGUUUCACAGCAGGACCAGGGCUGAGCCCCUCACCCUAAGUGCCUCCUUCAGCUUCCCCAAUGCCAUCGCAGGCCGAUGAUCUGGAGCUGAGACCUUUCUUGGUUUUUGGAGUUUUUUUUUUUUUUUACAAAUUUUUUCAGAUGUCCUGAUCUGAGGAUCUAUAUCUGUGAUUUGUCCUCAAGCUCCCUAUAAUAUGAUUACACUUUAUUCCCAGAGUCUGAACUCUUGGACUUAAGGCCUUACCUGUCUGAUUACUACAUCUGUCUCCUUAGGCAGCAGAGGCCUGUCAGUGUCAGAGAGGGUCACCUCAGGGUUUCUGAAACACUUUGCUCCAUUUCUGAGAAAGAACAACCCUGGCACUGUGGAGGCUGGAAAUGGCCCACAUACAUGUGUGGGUUUCUCCCCCAUUUCCCUGGUCUCUGGGUACCACAGGCUGUGGGAGCUGCUCCUUCCCGCUCUGUACUGUAAUGUGCUCUGUGAUGCACACAUGUGGCGGUUAAAGGUCAGUACAUCCUGCUGGAGUCGUAUCUUCCUGGACCCAGGGGUGUCAGUCACUGUCUCCUCUUUAUGCCCUUGGGCUCCCAGGCCAGUGGAACACCAACUCUUGGCUUCAAGGUCCUGGACUGGGUCUGGCCUGUGCUGUUGGCUGAUGGGGAGCAGCUUGGCAUUGGACCAGCACUGCUGGGCCUCAUGAGGGCUGGGUGGCCUACUGCUCCUUUCAUUAUGGUCCUAAAAACCAGCACUGUACAAAUAUUUUUGGAAAAGCAUCUCUUUGGUGGCACAUUGAGGGCAGGUGUUUGAGGACAAUGAGAGUUGUUGCUCUUGUUCCCCAUCCAGCCACACUUCAGCUCUGAGCAGUCAUUUGUGCACACAUGGGCAUCCUUCCUCCUCAGUGCUGACAAGAUGCUGGGGUGUCCUAGAGGGCAUUCACAACAUGACCCAGCCUCCUGGAAGGGCUAAGGCAACUUAUAACCCCUGGAUUCUCAUCCUAGGCCCUCCCUUGCUGCCAGGUCAGAUGCCCAGGUAGUGUCUUGCUUCAAGGAGGAAGCAACAGGUGGUGUAGCGAGUGCUGACUCCAUCUUUGCCCAUGGAGGGCUCUUAUCCUGUGAGUUCCCUGGACUGGAACUGACAGCAAAUGUAGUGGAAGGCUCUAAGAACUGUGAUGCCCAGCCAGAGGUGCCAUUUCCCCCAGGGACACAGUGGCAUAGCUGCUUGCAGAGGCUGCUGAGGGAAGAAUCGGGGUGAAUGGUAUACAGGAGUUGGGGAGGAGAGUGGAGCCCCAGGAGAUGGCACUGGCAUUUCUUGCUGCCCUUCCCACAUCUUAUGGUAAUCCCCAUAUGGGACCCUCUUGUCCAUAUGUUUGACCUGCUACUGUGCUUUGCUACUAGGUACCUCUCCCCUGUGUUCACUGCCCCAGCCCCAGUGCCUUCCAUGGAGGCUCAAGCUUCUGGGCCCGAGUGUCCUUAAUAUUAACUUAUUCGUCCUACAGAAGACAUGACACAGUUGAAAGUGUCCCUGUCUUCAGCUGUAGGGCUGGAACUUGGGUCUUAGUGCCAAACACUUCAAUAAAGUCUGUUCUUUGUGAU